UUUUCAGAUGCAAGAAAGUUUUUCACUAUUGAAAAUUUAUGUUACUGGUUCCUAAUACCUAAUUAUUUACUAAGAAAAUAAACCUAGCUGUCUUUAAGAAUAAAUUUUCUGUCUCAUGAAGGAGGUACUUAUCCCAACUUGCUUUCGAAUCGGACAAAAAGCCAUACUGAAAGACGUGAAAGAGCAUGCAAAAUAUAGUUUCCUCUCAAGAGAUCCCAAAAUUUCAACUAUAGACCCAAACAUAAGAAGCACAUUGUAUGUGUUGUGACUUACGUGGCCUCUGAAAUUCUGACAACGGAUCCGUCAGGAGUGUAACGCGCGGAUCUAGUGGGCAGGCUGCAGGUAGACUCAAGUCGGUUCAAUCUUCGAAUCCUUUAGCAACUUUUUGGAAACUUCCCAAUCCUCCAAAUUUCCAUAAAAUUUUUACCAAAAACAGAGUUGAAAAAUCCAAAGUUCACUCUGCACUCCACAUGCAGGUGGGUUCCAGUCAUUUUGGAGCCUUCAACGACUUUUUGGAAGUUUCCACAUUUCAUGAAAUGGAGUUGAAAAGCUGGAAUCCACUUUGCAAACUAAUUUCAAUAACCUUUUACGCUAUGAAGUUGACUGCAACCUGCAGGUAGUUUUAAGUCGCUUUGAAGCUUCCAAAUACUUUUUGGACAUUAAACCUAUGGCCGACACUAAUCAAACUUUCUAAAGAUCUAUUAUUCAAACUCAAAAAAAAUGUUCAAAUCCAAGAAUAAAUAUCUUGCUCAGUUCUAGAUUUUUCACAUUAUUUUAAUGAAAUUGGGAGCUCAAUGACAUGAUCUGUUUUUCGCCGACCGAGCUAGAAACUUCAUGGUAAGAUUUCCUCAUUCGAGGUAAAAAAAAAAUCAGACCAACUGGAAUGGUAUUUCCUGUUUAUGUAUUUUAAAAGCAAUUGAGAAUGUUUGAUUUUCUUUGUUUGUCAAACAGCUCUAUAAGAAUCUACGUUCAAUAAACCUAUUGAAACAGAAAUGUUUUACAUGACUCUCAUUGAAAUCAAUCGCCAAUUUAUAAAUUACCUAUUUAAUUAGCCAAGUACCUAUAAUUGCCAUACGUACCAAGGUACACUAAUUUCUUAAUGUGUGAAUAGUUAAAUACCUUUUAAUAAGUAAGUAUGACGCAUGGUGAUUUUUUUUAUGAAACAAGGGAUCAGUUUCGAUUGCAGUUUCAUCAAAUCAAGUAACCUACCUUCUUAGGUACUAUUGCUGAUGAAGAUUUAGAAAUAUUCAAGAACACGAAAUAAAAACUUACACACAAUGUUAUUACGAAAUUCGAUACGAGUAUUUAAAGUGAUUGUAAUUAUAUUGGGUUUAUUUUUUUUACUGGUUCACUCGGAGGACAGAAUUAUCAAUAAUGAAGUUAUUGAAGUGAUUUCAGCUAAUGAUUCUAAACAAUAUCCGGAUUACAGCAUUUUAUUUUCAAUUGAUAUUAUAAAAAACAACUCGGCUUUCAAUUCAAGUUUUAAUAAUUCAGAUUUCAUAAUCGUCGAUGAUUCUGGACUGUCCAAUAUGGGGAAAAUCAAUUUCAACAUUUCAAAAACAAAAGGAAAUGAUAGCAUUUCUUAGUUUUGAUAACUGGUGGAAAAAUCAUCAAUUUAGUUCGAAGAAUAGUAGUUUAUCGAAAUUCGAAAGAUUGUGAUUCCUUAAAAGUGCAACAUCGGCAACACAUUAUACAGCGCACCUAAAAUAUAGUAUCGUAUUCUUUAUUAGGAAUUUGUAAUUAUAACAACUGAUUAAAAUAUCCGCUUCAAAUUAAUAAAAUGCAUGAAUCAUGA